AUGGAUGCUGAUAUGUUCUUUGACCUUGAAAAAUUUAAGAAAUACUGUGCUUUUCUUCCCAACAUGAUCUCCAGGAGAACUGGUCAAAUUGUGCUAGUCAGUAAUAUCCAGGGAAAAUUGGGUGUUCCCUUUCGUGCAGCCUAUGCUGCUUCAAAGCAUGCUGCUCUGGGUUUCUUUGAUUGCCUGAGGGCAGAACUGCAGGAAUUUGGUGUUUGUGUCAGUACUGUGACUCCAAGUUUUAUACGUUCUGAUCCUAUUCAACUACAGCCUAAGAACUGGGAAGCCUCCACAUGGAAAUACUUCUUCAGAAAGCCAGCUUAUGGUGUCCGCCCAAUGGAGGUAGCAGAAGAAAUUCUACGGACAGUGAGCAGAAAGAAGCAGGAGGUGUUUAUGGCGAACCCCAUUGCAAAGGCAGCCGUCUAUACUCGCACUUUCCUCCCAGAAUUAUUUUUUGCUGUGGUUGCUGCUGGAGUGAAAGAAAAACAGAAAAUCAAACUUGAAAACUGAUUGCAUCAAGCUCAUCUUCCUUGGUAGAAGGGUUGUGCCAGUUCUCUCUUGCAGAGCUAGAGAUAGGCACCAUGGAAGAAUAUUGUACAAAUCCAAGUGAAACAAAAAUAUGUUGUAUUUGAGGAUCUGGAGGCAGUGGAAUAGGGUACGGUCUUUUCAUCUAUCAUUAAAGUUGCACUGUGGGCUAUGGGAGAGAUCAAAGGACAUUUUCCAGGGUGCCAAGUGAGUCAUCAGAAAUGGGCCCACGGACUCCCUGGAAACUGCCAUUUCAAGAGAGUUAAUAGAAAGUAUGAGUUGUCUGGGUGUUGGGUGAAGUUCUCAGAGCAGCUGUGGAGGUCAAGAGAAUUGUAAACUGAUAUUGAAAAAAUGGGGAAUCUCAGGAAUCAGGGAGAAUAUGAGUGCUGGAUGUAUGGAAAAGAAAUUGAGAGUAUAGGAAGAGUGUGUGGUUCUGGUUUCAUACCAGAGUGCUUGGAUCUUAGAAGGUAAAUUGGUUUGACAUAUAGGAAGUUCUCAAAGGAAACAGAAGAAGGUUUCCUAGCCUUUGCUUUUUUGUGUGAUUAAGUGAACCUUUCAAAUCUGUAGUAGUGCUUGGUUUUUAUAGCUUUUAGUUACAAAGAAUUAAGCAAACGCCUAGGGUGGAGAUGAAACAUUCAAUGUUUCAAAAUGUUGCAAGGGUUCCAUUCCACAUUGGUACAUAUGUCCAGUUUUGGGCAACUGAAUAACCUUUAAAAGACAAACGUUUGCAAGAUGGUGGUGGGGAGCAUAUGAUGAAAUGUGUAUCAUGAUGUUAUGAUGCACAUCCUCAUGGCUUACCUGCUAGUGUGAGACAUCAGGACACAAAUAUGUAAGGAUGAAGUAUAUAUCAUAAUGUCACCAUGUGUGCUGUCAUUUUUACACAACCCUGGCUUGCUGCUGACAACUGACCAGCACUGGCAGAUGCAUGCCUUUGAUAAAUAUUGGCACUGAUCCUCUCACACUGCCUCCUUUUCCCCAUGCAAUGCUACAGCUUCACAGAAGUCUCAGAAUUUAAAGGACAUCACAGCUCUAAACACAGAAGUAAUUGUUUUCCUUAACAUUUUAAGCUUCGCUGUGCCAUUAUAGUGAUAGUACAGAGGCGGCAGCAGGGCUCAAAUUACUGAAGGAAAGUACUCCACCUUAAAUUUGGAAUUAGAGACGGGGAUCACAAAUUUUAAGUGUUCUCUAACUUUUCCCACCAUAAUAGACUGUGAGUGGAUUACUCUGAUAAGACUAGCUAUAGUAGGAUUCAGUACUUAGCUAAACCUCCAUUAUCUAUAUUCCCUGGUUAUGGCUACCAGGUGAUACGAACUUUUAUCAAUCAGAUGGUCAAGCUAUACAGUUACUUGGGCUUUAAAUUCUAGAGCGAUAUUUGUUGUGAUGCACCUCCAGUCAGGCCACCACAUCUGGACUGCAAAAAAUCAAGAUGAGCUCUAGAAAGUCACAAAGUGUUAGUGUUCGCUGUACGUCUUUGUUGCCAUCUAGUGGUUAUUUGAAUUUUUGGAGCCCAAACUAGGGUACUCCUGCAGUGUACAGUGUAAUGUGUUCUGGGGGUCGUUCAACAUGCAUUUGUCCUUAAAGCAGCUCUUCUCUACCUAAGUGUUUCUCAGUCUGCUGUUUCCCCUCCCCCCACACACAUACACACAGGUCAAACUACAACUCUUGUCAUUCCCAGUCAGUGUGAUAAGUGAUAGUAUUAGCCAGGAGUGAUAAGUGUGAUCGUGCAGGGUCUAAAGUUAGGAGAAGGCUGAGGCUGAGAAGUGAAGGCAGACAAGCGGAGUUGAGAGUUUUAUAGAGAGAGGCUACGUUUUCUGGCACUAAACUGGAGAAAAUUAGCACUAGCUUGGUUCAACUGUUUUAUGUAGCAACUGUAUGGGAGGUUCAUCUGGAGGGCACCAGGUUGGGAAAGGUGAUCUGCCCAUCACAGAAGGAAGAGUGUUUAUAUUCUUACUAUAUGAAUAUGGUUUGUAGAAAGACUGUGCACACCUCUAUGAGUGUGGAGAUGUCCAUUAUUAGUGAAAAAGAAUGUGAAGUAAAUAGGAGAGAGUGUACUCUUUGUGAAAGUGUUGUUAAUGUGCCUUAUGAGAGGAGGUGGGGACUGAACUGAAAGAUGGCUGCUGUUAGGUCUUUAUUUGUUGCAACAUUUUGUAACGUUGGUUCCCCAAUAUUGCGCACUAGGGAGAUGUGUUCUUGUUCCAGGUAUAGGGGAGGGGAACAAGCUCUAAAAUCUUCCUGGACUCCACUGCCUGUCUCUUUAUUUCUCUCCCAAUCACCACCUGACAUUUUGUUAUUCUCAUCAAUAAAAGCAAUUUAUACUUCUGA